CACACUAUCAAGUGAGGGCAAUAGGGAGAAAGCGCAUCCUCACACCGGGAAUCGCGCACCGGCACACAAGAGCCAAAGGCGCUCCACCGACAGUCUCUUGCUUCAACGGAAAGUCACGUAUGUAUUAAGACCGCUCACACAUCUCUUUCUCUGAGGAGGCGAACACCGGAGGUAGUGCUACUGAAGCUACAACAACUGGGGAAGCCAUCAGUAGCCUUCUGCCUGCUGUGUUGCUGCUCAGGCUAGUGUAGGACCUACCAGUGGAAGCAGAGAAGUGCUGUGGAGCAAGGCUGGGAUUGGUCCAGGCAUUCUGGGUGUGGUGCAGGCCACGGGCGGCAGGACGACCCAACAGUCCCAAAGAGGAGCGCCUCUCCCCCCCAACCCCCCCUUCCUGCGGCUGCUGCUCUGAGUGCCAGACGCUCUCCUCUCCACCAUGCUAAGCUUGAUCAAACUACCUCGUGUUUUCACCAUCAACCAAGUCCCCAAAGUGUUCCAUGAGGACAGCAUCAUAUCGGGGUACCGGCACCCCCGCAGCUCCGCCACUGACUGUGUCCUCAGCCUGUUCCAGCUGACCAAUGAGACGCUUAACAUCUGGACACAUUUCCUGCCCACAUGGUACUUCCUGUGGAAGCUGCUGACAGUGGUGCUGAUGCAGGAUGUCUGGCACGACUCCUACACCUGGCCGCUGCUGGUGUUCCUGCUGUCCGCCUGCAUGUACCCUCUGGCCUCUAGCUGCGCCCACACCUUCAGCACCAUGUCCGCCCGCGCCCGCCACGUCUGCUUCUUCUUCGACUACGGAGCACUCAGCUUCUACAGCCUGGGCUCGGCUAUCACCUACUCUGCGUACGUUAUCCCAGACAGAUGGGUGAACAGCACGUUCCACCUGUACUACAUCCCUAUAGCUGUCUUUAACACAGUCGUCUGCACUGCUCUGGCCUGCUACUCAAGGCUUGGCUUACCGUUUCUGCAAUAUAACCAUGACAUCAUAAAAAGGUUUCCAGAGUGCAACAGCCCGAAGCUGGGAAAGAUCCUUCGCGUUUUGGCCUUUGCCUACCCCUACCUGUUCGACAACAUUCCCGUCUUCUACAGGAUCUUUGUGUGCACCGGCGAGGGGUGCACCGACAAUGAGACCAACGCCCUGCACUACCACCACACCGUGCUGGCCUUCCUCACCGCCUUCCUGUUUGCCACACACCUGCCAGAGCGGCUGGCCCCUGGUCGUUUCGACUACAUCGGCCACAGCCACCAGCUCUUCCACGUGUGCGGCAUCAUCGGGACGCACUUCCAGAUGCAGGCCAUCGAGAUGGACAUGUCGCUGCGGCGGGCGUGGCUCCUGGCCCGGGCUCCGCCCAUCACCUUCGCCAACACGCUGGGGGCCUCGCUGCUCAGCGUGGGUCUCAGCCUCGUCGUUGUCUACAUCUUCAGCCUGGCGCUCUACUGGACCCCGGCCAAGAAGAGCAGGCGCAGCCGGAAGCCCAAGACCCCCUCCGGCUCCUCCAACUGAUCCGCCAUCCUGAAGCGUCACUGUCAGCUUUCCAAACCCUUGGUUUGAGCCCCC